AUGUUCACGACUGCCACAAUUAUUGGAGGAGCAAGCAAAGGCUACCAUCCACACAAAAGCCUUGCUGCAGCUUUAAGACCUACUACAAUUCAAGGAAAAGGAGAUCAUGGACCUAAAGGUGCCAGGAGAAAGGAAAGAUGGUUUUUAUGCAGUAAACCUGAUCAUUUUAAGCGACAAUGUCCUCAAGCAAAGAAAACCAUUGCAACUACACCACCAUUUGCCGGUACCUGUAACCGAUGUGAUAAAUUUGGACAUAGGGCCAACGAGUGCCGAUCAAGAUUCAAGAAAGAUGGGUGCCCCUUGCUGGGAAACUCCUCACAGAGUGCCUUACCGGGGGGUGCCAAGACACUCAAAUACCCCCAAGUGGUGGCUGUGUCGACAAGCUCUCGGCACCCACCUGAGGAAGUUCAGGCCUCUAUUUGGGAAUCAACAUCACAAUAUCGUCAACCUUUACAAGCUUUAAUGGUGUUUACUGAUCCCAGCAGCAAGACCAAAACAGCAGGAUUUGUUGGGAAAGAGAAUGGCAUAUGGCAAUCAGAACACUUCAGUUGCGAUACAUCUGUGCAGAUUUUGGAACUCAAGGCAGUACUUGCUGUACUUAACUGCUGGAACACUCAAGAUUUAAAUAUAGUGACUGACUCUUUAUAUGUUGCGGGUGUAGUACAGCAGAUAGAAAGAGCCUUGUUGGGACAUGUAAACAAUCCCACUCUUUUUCAGGCCUUUGUCGACUUGCGAAAUACUGUUAAUCACCGUAUGCAUCAUUUUUUUCUUAUGCGUAUAAAGAGCCAUAUUAGACUCCCUGGAGGCCUUGUAGAAGGCAGUGCUCGAGCUGAUCAGUUGGUUACUGCUUUAGCGGACAAAGAUGGCAUUGUUCAAGAAGCUUACAACUCUCAUGCCUUUUUUCACCAGUCUGCGUCUGCAUUACGCAAGCAAUUUAACAUCCCUAAGGUCCAAGCACGGGCGAUACUGGCUGCUUGUCCAGACUUUGCCACUCCCAUACCACUGCAGGAUGGCAGGGUUGUGGGGUUUGUGUUGUUCUCACUCCUCUCCCCAGAUCUGCUCCAAGAAGAUAAUGACUCCUGUAGCGAUUAUGGCAGUCGUGACAAACCGGGCACUGCUUUAGGAAGAACUGUGCCAGAUGGGAAUGUGCUUUUUCCAGAUAUUUUUCACACCGAUCACCUUUUGCUUUAUGAGCGAUUUAAAGCUUACCAGGAUUACAUCUUGGCUGACUGCAAAGCUUCUGAGGUGAAAGAAUUCAUAGCUGAGUACCUGGAGAAGGUCCUUGAACCAUCUGGAUGGCAGGCAGUCUGGCGCACUAAUGUGUUUGAGGUCCUUGUUGAGGUGGUUGAUGUGGAGUACUCGGCUCUGAAAGCAGUUGUGCAACUCAGUGAGCCUUUCCUGUGCGAGUCACAGGUUAGCACCUUUACGUUGGAGUGCAUGCAGGAACUCUUGAAGCUGAAGGAGUGUCAGAUACCACUGCAGGAGCUGUGGGUUGUGUAUGAUGAGUCAGGAGAGUUUGAUCAGACAGCACUAGCUGUAGAGCAUGUCAGGUUCUUCUACCAGUGCAUCUGGAGGAUCUGGGAUGAGGAGGAAGAAGAUGAUUUUGAUUACUUUGUGCGGUGUGUUGAGCCUCGACUGAGAUUGCAUUAUGACAUCCUUGAACACCGUGUGCCUUCUGGGCUUGUAGCUGAUUACCAGAACUUGUUGUCUCAAUGCGAAGAGCUUUACAGGAAUUUUUUAAAUGUGAGGAACAGCAUAUCAAGCAGUGAUUCGGACUCAGAAGUAGAAAACGUCUCCAUGGUGGAAGGACUAAAAUUGUAUGAGAAAAUAGAGCACUUAAAACAAAAGCUAAAACUAAUUGAGAAUCCUCUGCUGAGGUAUGUGUUUGGUUACCAAAAAUACAGUGGUCUCCAAGCUAAAGGACCGAGACCAACAGGUACCAAGAUCGUUCAUGUUGUAUCCUCAACCAUGAUGGCGAGUCUGCUGCAGUCACUGAUAAGGGACAAACUUUGCCCUGAUUCUUGUGGUGAAGAACUAGAAAUACAGUUUCACAGUGAUCCACUGGCAGCUGUAAAUGCCUGUUAUGAAGGAGACACAGUCAUCAUCUGUCCUGGUCAUUAUGUGGUAGAUGGCAUAUUCUGCAUUGCUGAUUCAGUUGAACUAGAAGGCUAUGGCCUGCCAGAUGAUAUUGUAAUAGAAAAACGAGGGAAAGGAGACAACUACUUUGACUGUGCAGGACCCAAUAUACGGAUCUCCAAUUUGAAGAUAGUACAACACGAUGCUGUGGAGGGUAUUUUAAAUGUCCACCAUGGGAAAACAACUCUGGAGAAUUGUGUGUUACAAUGUGAAACUACAGGCAUAACAGUACGAACAUCAGCUGAGCUAUUAAUGAAAAACUCAGAUCUAUAUGGUGCCAAGGGUGCUGGUGUGGAAAUAUAUCCGGGUAGUACGUGUGCCCUGUUAAACAAUGGCAUACACCACUGCAAGGAGGGAAUACUUAUAAAGAACUUUUUAGAUGAACAUUAUGACAUUCCCAAGAUAACCCUGGUCAAUAAUAUGAUCCAUAAUAAUGAAGGAUACGGUGUGGUCCUGGUUAGACCAACAGUGCCCUCUGUCAAGGAUGCUUCAGCAGAGAGAACAAAAGGAGAUACACAGCCAACACAGUCAAGUGACGGGACAGCCUGUGUAGAGGGCUUCAGGCAAGAACAACUACCUGAAUGUCUAACUGAUGAGUUGGAGCUUUAUGAGCAAGCUGAGAUUCCUGAACAAAUUGAAGGCAAUUAUGAAAUUGCAAAUGAACUUGGGGCUACUUCUCUGAAGAAGAGCCAGAUGCACAAGAAAAGACUGAGUGAACUGGGAAUCACAGAAGCUGAUGACAACUUAAUGUCACAGGAAGUGUUUGUUUCUAUUGUGGGCAACCAGUUCAAAUGGAAUGGGAAAGGAAGUUUUGGUACCUUUCUUUUCUGACUGUCCUGACUUCUAAUGGCAUUGCAAUUAGAUUUGCACAAGCUAUUAUUUUCACUGCUGCUUUCCAAGGAGUUAAUUU